AUGCAGACAUAUAAGAAAUUGGAAGAUCAAAUUCAAAGAAAGACGAUAAUGUUUCUUCGUAAAUUACAAGAAAUACUACAGGAAUCUGGUGGUCAAAGUCGUGAUUUAAAUGAGUCAGGAAAUGCAACACAAUCGUUCUCAAGAAGAAACCCUACAUUUCCCCAUACAAACGUUCGCGAUGAUAUUACACGUGACUAUAUAUGUUAUCGUUGUAAACAUUUUUUGGAAAUACCGCGUAAUUUGUCAUCUCAGCCGUUCAGCGAUGGAGUACCUACCUUUAUAGAACAAUGCAAAAACGAGUUGAAUUUUAUUCAGGCUAUCGUUUGGUUAAAAUCCUCCAUUGCCUGCGUUUCUAAAAUACCAGUUAAACAAUUGCAACAGAUAUUUAAUGAACAGUGGAACACAUGCGAUGAAUAUAAUUAUAGCGAAGAUGAGUGUACCGAUAUUGAACAAUUAAGAUCUAUGGAUAAGAUUGUAUCAAGCAAGAAUACCAUCGUAACGUCAACUCCUCUGAAUAUUUGCGAUAUACCUUGUAUUACACCUCAAAGAACGAUCCGUAAUUUAUACUCCAGAUCUAAAGAUCCACGAAGUAAACCAUUAAAUUCCAUGUCGGCGAAUGAUUUGAAUGAAUCCGUUGAGUCUUUGACACUUGGAAAUUCUAAUAGCCAUUAUAUAGCGGCGAGAAAAAAGAAAAAAAAUGUAAAAUGCUAUAUAAUUCCAGAAACGGACACGGAAUCGAUCUUAAAUGACGAUACAUAUUAUGACCUACAUGAACAUCAACCGAGCUUUGAAUUUGAAAAAAAUACAGAAUGCUCGAUGAAGACUACAUCGAAAAAUGAUAUCCAUCAGAAAAACAAAAAAAUAAUCGAGAACAAAUAUAUCUUUCAAAAAAGUCACGCUGCAGACGUAUCGAGUGAAUAUAAUUUACCAGCAAGAAACCAAUCUAAUAUCGAUCCAAUGUUUAAAUACAAUGGAGAGUUUGAUGAGAGCUUUAUCUCAUCGAAAAGCCAAAAUGAUGUAGCUAAUAAGGUAGAUUAUAUAGCGAAUAAGGUAGAAUUUGACAGCAGAUGUUUGACAAAUAUUGUUAUAACUCCAAAAAAUGUCUCUCAAAUGUCAAAUGCUCGGAACGAGUAUUUCGAAUUUUUACUUGAUGGCAAUAGUCCCUGUCAAGUUAGCAAUAUUUCCGUAGGGUGUACGCAGGAUAGUGCGUACAGUACGUCACGUAACGAUGUAUUUAAUAUCGCAGUAGAAGCGGGCUCUAUCAUUGGCAAUAAGCGUGUGCCAGAUAUCGAACAUAAUUAUGAAUUACAACCUUGCAAGAAGAAGACUAUUACCAAAAAUUGCGAAUUUCAAGAGACACGGAGUCUCUUCAGUAGCGAUGAGCAGAUGAGUGAUACCAACUCUAAAAAUUUAGAUGAUGUUGGGGUGACAGCAAGGUCUAUCAUUGGCAAUAAGUGCACAAAAAACAUCGAGCAUUGUUAUGAACUGCAGCCUCGCAACGAGAAAACAUUUACAUGCCAAAAAGUGACUUUUCCUUCUUCCAUAACACAAAAAGCUGUAAUAUCGCACACUAAUAUCAAGCAUUGUUAUAAUUUGCGAUCUUCUAAUAACAGAAAGAUUAGUCAAGAGGAAGAGGUCUCUUUUGCUAGAAUACAGGAACAUAAGAAGCAUAAAUUAGAACGAAUAAAGAAUUUAUCAGAGGGAGAAAACGAAAAUAAAGAUGAAAUUAUUUCUGCCAAUUGGUUGAACUUCUCUGUGGAGUCGCUACAUAUGGAAGGGAUAAUUCUUGCAUCAAUCAGAGUGAUUCUCUCGACACUUUGCGACAAGAGAAUGGUAGAAGUAUACAUGAUGAGACAACAGCGAAGGAAUACGCGCAAUUAUUGGAAAAGUAGUUGGGAAGAGGAAGCUGUGAAGGCGGUACUGAAUAUAUCUGAUAUUUUCACAAAAGAAGAGAAACCCAAUAUAUGCAUAAAAAUAAUUAUAAUGAAAAUAGUCAAAACUUUGAAUGAGAUAAUGAUGUGGGGUGGACAAUUACAUAAGAUAAAUUGCACUCAGGUAUAUAUUACAAUACAGUACACAUUUUUUAUAUUUACAAAGAAAAUUCAAAAGAACUGCGUCUUGAUAGAACAAUUACAUCUUAUAUUUUAUGCGUUGAAUAUCAUUCUACGAAAAUAUCGUACAAUUAUAUCGAGCAAUCAAAGACCUCGGUCUGCAGAAAAAGUGAUACCUCACGUCGAAGAUCUUUGGAAAGUAUAUUAUAUUAAUAAAGAACUUAAGCAUGCAGGUCUGGAUGUAGAUACUGCGGAGAAACAAUGGUUAAAUGUUUUAGAAAACAGUACGGAGACUUUCAUGAAUUUUGGCUUUACAAAAUUCGCCAAGGAGUCGUUUUCAUUAGUUCAUAUAUUAAUUUAG